AUGGACUUUACAGGUUAAUUUAGACUUGAUGAAGAUUCCUUCAAUUUUAAUGUAUUUUAGACACCUGUAAAAGGAAUAAUUUAAGGUAAAAUAUUUCAAAACAAACUUAUGAAUUGGUUGAAUUAAUCCAUAUAUUAACGCGCAUUUAUUUUGGCGCUUAUACUAUAAUUUGGUGGCAAAAUUAUUUAUUUUAGAUUUUGAAGGUCCUUGUGAUUCUCAAACAAAUACUAAUAAAAAAUUAUUUGUUUAGAAUGAGCCAUUUGAAAUCAGCAAAAUUUAAUUUGAUUCUCCAAAAUCAUUAAAAAAAUGGAGUUUGAAAUACAUAAGUAAAAGAGUUGAAAAAGAACUACAAAAUAAAAUAGUUGGUUACUCAGAAAUAUGUUAAAAGCUAACAGAGGAAAUGACUUAAGAAAUGGAAGGCCAUUCUGAUUAUGGGUCAAAAGAUAUAAAAAAUUUAAGAAGAAGGGUUUAUGAUGCAUUAAAUGUUAUGAUUUCUAUUGGAAUAGUCGUAAAAGAAAAGAAAAUGUUGAGAAAGAAUGAAGAAAGCUAAGUCAACAUUACAAAAUAGAAUUUACUAUUUCGUAAGGUAAAUUUAAUUAUUUAAUUCAACAGCAAAAAUUAAAGGAAUUAUUAUUGCAAAAAAAAUAAUAGUUAACAAAUUCUAUAAAAAAACAAGAGACACUUUAAAAUUUGGUAAAGUUUAACAAAGAAAGAGAAACAAGUGAACAUGAAAAAAUCAAAUUCCCAUUUCUUUUAGUUAAGACUUAAUUAACAAAUUCAGAAGAUGUAUAUUAAAAAAUAAUUUUAGGAAGAAUUAAUAUUAGAAUCCUAUAAAUCUAUGGAUUAUUUGAAAGUUUUGAGUAAGAAUAAAUUAUAGAUUUUUGGAAUAUUAAGCAUUGCUUAGUAAUUGUUUCAAAUUUAAUAAUCUAAAAAUUGA